GUCACGGGCACACCCACAAGAAUCAAGAAUACAAAGCCACCAGAAUGGACAAAAGUUGCAUACAAAUUUAUAGUAGAAGGGAUCGGUGACCUUCCAGGACGUGUCUGUGGAUUUUAGAGAGGAAAAGCGGUCUCUGGUGGCUCCUGGCCAAAGGGCUUUGUGUCUGGAAGUCAUGGCAGAGAUCUGUAGGGAUCUGGCCUCACUUGGAGAUGAGAAAGAAAUUGAGAAAAGUGGUGCAGAGCAGGGAAGGAGAACUCCAGAAAAGCCGCAGCAGAAAGAAUCUGUUGCUUCAGAAGAUGGCAACUGCAAUGAAACUCCAGGCCAAGAAGAAUGUCAUAAAGGAAACCUUUCUCUUGAACCAGGAGACACCCUCCUUACUGGUGAACUCAUAAGUAGUAAAUCAGAUCUUAGCACAUUUGACAAAACAAAUAAUGUGGAAGACCCACAUAAAUCUUCCACAAGUGGAAAAAGCUUAAGAGCAAAACCAUGCCUUCCUGUUCAUCAGGCAAACCGUGCAGGGGAGAAACCAUAUAAAUGUUAUGAGUGUGGAAAGCAUUUCACUAAGAAGGAGCACCUUACUUCACAUCGAAGAACCCAUACUGGGGAGAAGCCUUAUAAAUGUUCCGAGUGUGGGAAGAGUUUCAGUCAGAGCAUAAACCUCACUUCUCAUCAAAGAAUCCACACAGGGGAAAAACCAUACAAAUGCUCUGAGUGUGGGAAGAGUUUCACUCAGCGAGAGCACCUGACUUCACAUCAUAGAAUCCACACUGGUGAGAAACCAUAUCAAUGCUCAGAGUGUGGAAGCAGCUUCAGUCAAAGUACAAACCUCACUUCUCAUCAAAGAAUCCAUACUGGGGAGAAACCAUAUACAUGCCCAGCAUGUGGAAGGAGCUUCAGUCGGAGUACAGACCUAGCUAUCCAUCAAAGAAUCCACACUGGGGAUAAGCCGUAUUCGUGCUCAGAAUGUAGGAAGAGCUUCAGUCGGAGUACAGACCUUGCUAUCCAUCUAAGAAUUCACACAGGGGAGAAACCAUACAAAUGCUCUGUGUGUGAAAAGAGCUUCAGUCAGAGAUCAGCACUUACUUUACAUUACAGAACCCACACAGGGGAGAAACCAUAUGUAUGUUCAGAGUGUGGAAAGAGCUUUAGUCACAGCAAUAGUUUUACUUCCCAUCAGAGAAUCCACACAGGGGAGAAACCAUACGUAUGUACAGAAUGUGGAAAGAGCUUUAGUCAGAGCUCGGAUCUUACUAUUCAUCAGAGAAUCCACACAGGGGAGAAGCCAUAUACGUGUUGGGAGUGUGGAAAGACCUUCAGCCACCGCAACAGCCUUACUUCCCAUAAAAGGAUGCACACAGGGAAAAAACCGUAUGUAUGUACAGAGUGUGGGAAGACUUUCAGUCAGAGCUCAGACCUUGUUAUCCAUCAGAGAAUGCACACAGGGGAGAAACCAUACACAUGUUCAGAGUGUGGAAAGAGCUUUAGUCGAAGUUCAGACCUCGUUAUCCAUCAGAGAAUCCACACAGGGGAGAAACCAUAUGCAUGGGAGAAAUCAUACAAAUGUGUGGACUGUGGAAAGAGCUUUGCUCGGAAUCCAGAGCUUACCAUCCAUCGACGUAGCCAUACAGGUGAGAAACCAUUUAAAUGUGUGGAUUGUGGAAAGAGCUUCGCUCAGAGUGGACAGCUUACUGUACAUCGACGUAUCCACACAGGGGAGAAACCUUUUAAAUGUGUAGACUGUGGAAAGAGCUAUACUUGGAGUACGCAGCUUACUGUCCAUCGACGUAUCCAUACUGGGGAGAAACCAUAUAAGUGUGAGGACUGUGGAAAGAGCUUUGUUCAGAGUACAGCACUUACUGUCCAUCGACGUAUCCAUUCAGGGGAGAAACCUUUUAAAUGUGUAGACUGUGGAAAGACCUUUGCUCAGAGUACGCAGCUUACUGUCCAUCAACGUAUCCAUUCUGGGGAGAAACCUUUUAAAUGUAUGGAUUGUGGAAAGAGUUAUGCUUGGAGUAUGCAGCUUACUGUCCAUCGACGUAUCCACACAGGGGAGAAACCUUUUAAAUGUGUGGAUUGUGGAAAGAGCUAUGCUUGGAGUGCGCAGCUUACUGUUCAUCGACGUAUCCAUUCAGGCAAGAAACCAUAUAAAUGUGAGGACUGUGGAAAGAGCUUUGUUCAGAGUACAGCGCUUACUGGCCAUCGAUGUAUCCAUUCAGGGGAGAAACCGUUUAAAUGUGUGGAUUGUGGAAAGAGCUUUGCUCGGAGUACACAACUUAAUGAGCAUCGACGUAUCCAUACUGGGGAGAAACCAUAUAAGUGUGAGGACUGUGGAAAGAGCUUUGUUCAGAGUACAUCACUUGCUGUCCAUCGACGUGUCCAUUCAGGGGAGAAACCUUUUAAAUGUGUAGACUGUGGAAAGACCUUUGUUCGGAGUACACAGCUUACUGUCCAUCAACGUAUCCAUUCAGGGGAGAAACCUUUCAAAUGUGGGGAUUGUGGAAAGAGCUUUGCUUGCAAUAGGCAGCUUACUGUCCAUCGACGUAUCCAUUCAGGGGAGAAACCAUUCAAAUGUGUGGACUGUGGAAAGAGCUUUGCUUGGAGUUCAAACCUUAUUGUCCAUCGACGUAUCCAUACAGGGGAGAAACCAUAUAAAUGUCUGGACUGUGGAAAGAGCUUUGCUGAGAGUACGUAUCUUACUAUCCAUCGAUGUAUCCAUUCAGGGGAGAAGCCUUUUAAAUGUAUGGACUGUGGAAAGAGCUUUGCUCGGAGUACAGAUUUUAACAUCCAUCGGCUUAACCAUUCAGGGGAGAAACCAUAUAAAUGUACGGACUGUGGAAAGAGCUUUACUCAGAGUCCAUCCCUUACUGUCCAUCAACGUAUGCAUACAGGGGAAAAACUAUAUAAAUGUGUGGAUUGUGGAAAGAGCUUUGCUCGGAGUACAGAUCUUACUGGCCAUCGACGUAUCCACACGGGGGAGAAACCAUAUAAAUGUGUAGACUGUGGAAAGAGCUUUACUCAUAAAGCACAGCUUACUGCCCAUCAACGUAUACAUUCAGGGGAGAAACCGUUUGAAUGUGUCAACUGUGGAAAGAGCUUUACUUGGAGUUCAAGCCUAAUUGUCCAUCGACGUAUCCAUACAGGGGAGAAACCAUAUAAGUGUGAGGACUGUGGAAAGAGCUUUGCUCAGAGUGCAGAUCUUAACGCCCAUCGACGUAUCCAUUCAGGGGAGAAACCAUUUAAAUGUGUGGACUGUGGAAAGUGCUUUACUUGGCGUGCGCAGCUUACUGUCCAUCGACAUAUCCAUACAGGGUAGAAACUAUGUAAGUGUGAGGGCUGUGGAAAGAGCUUUGCUUAGAGUACAGCAUGUUACAUCCAUCAAUGUAUCCAUUCAGGGAAAAAGCCAUAUAAUUGUGAGGACUGUGGAAAGCACUUUGUUCAGAGUACAGAUUUUAACGUCCAUCAACGUAUCCAUUCAGAGGUGGAACCAUAUAAAUCUGUGGACUGUGGAAAGAGCUUGUUCAGAGUGUAUACCUUGAUGUCCAUCAAUGUAUCCAUAUAGGGGAGAUACCAUAUACCGUAUACCCUGCAGCUGUGGACAAGUUUACAUCGGGACCACAAAGCGUAGCAUCCGACAAGAAUAAAAGAACAUGAAAGACACUGCAGACUUGGACAACCUGAAAAAUCAGCAGUGGCUGAACAUAGCCUAACUCAAACAGGACACAGUAUCUUAUUCCAGGACACCAAAAUACUGGACAACACUUCCAACUACUUUGUCAGACUGCACAGGGAAGCCAUUGAAAUUCACAAGCAUAAGCACAAUUUCAACAGGAAAGAAGAGACUUUAAGAAUGAAUAGAGCAUGGUUUCCAGUCCUGACAAACACCGCUAACAAAACACUCUAUCCCCGACAAUAGCCCUGCAGAGAAGAUUAGCACAUCAAGCACCAAUCCAUAUGCAAAAGAACCUCCUCAGGAUACAGUGAAGCCUCCCUCCAUUAGCAUUCCAAACUCAUUCCGAAAUCUUACAGGAUGACUCAGCUCAACCCCACCCCUCCUGAGUAGAUAUAAAUGACCUGCCAACAUCUUUUCCACACUGUGACACUGAGAGAUCUCUGUCUUUUGGUGCUACACCUCUGAAGAUGCCAGCCACAGCUGCUGGCGAAACGUCAGGAACUACCAUGCCAAGACCAUGGCUGUACUGCCUGGAAAAUCCACAACAACCAAAGCAACUAGGGUUGAAGACAUUUGAGAAAGUUCAGGAGCUCCAAAGGUAAGUAUCCAUGACAAUGGUUCUUCUCUGGCAGACAGACCGAUAAGCUUUCCCAGGACAGGGAGAGGAGCAGGCAGCCACAGUUGCUAACGUCAAUGUUCAAACAGUGGCACACACAGGUCAUGAGAGUCGGGCUGCUCAGAAGACGCUGCUCAUCCGUCCGACACCAUCUGUGAAGAAAGCACACCAUAAUUAUACAUUGAGUUACUCUAUGAAAUUGAACAUUAUUCACUUACCUGAUUGAGACUUACUUUUGGAUCCUUGAUAUACCUGUUGAAUGGCCUGACAUUUAUUGUUUCACUGGAGAUUUGUGGCUGGAUCCUAUGUUGCUUCAUUGAUUGCACCUGUUAAAUAAU